AAAUGAGUCACAAGUGCUGAAGUAGAGUAUCGGGGUGAAUCAGGAGAGAAGAACCACAGCAGCAGGAGUGUGUCAGGAUCUGGAACCGGCAUCUUAUCUGGCAGCAGGAGUACACGUACAACACGUAUGUCUGAAAACAGAGAGAGAGAGACAGACAGACAGACAGACAACAGAUUAUUAGAUUGCUCUGAUCAUACAGUGGUUCAAAAGAAUAUACUUUGUAUUCCAAGUGCAAGCCAGGACUAGCUAUGACAGCAUGACUUAUAUCAAUCUUAUAUUUGAUAAGACUUAGAAGACUUAUAUAGCAAUCCGGAUAUAUAAAAGUGAUUAUUUUUACUGUCUUUACAUUUUUCACAUGAUAUGAAGAGGCAAAUUGCUGUUUAGCUUUGAAUGAGGGGGUUUAUUUCACCUAGGGCGGGUCUUUUUGCCACGAUGGCCUCCAGAGUUAGAUCAUGUGACCACAAGGACAAAUCUAGGGUGCCAGAGAAGAUGAUUUGUUUGCUCGCUUGCUGUUAUUGUAGCCUUACCGUACAUUCACACUAGCAAGCGAUAAAGCGACGGCUCUCCAGUCCAUUCAUUUUCUGUAUACGUGCAUGACACAGAGCUGUGAUUGCAGCUACAGCACUAAGCGACAGAGUGAUAAUGCACCAAGUGAAAUCUGAAUUGAGAUUUUCUCAGUCCUAUGCAAAAAAAAUAUGUGUAAAGCAACAAAUGCAAACGAUUGGCUUGAAUAAUUGCUCAGACCAAUCCUGUGGCAUGUGUGGUCCGAGGUUUUUAAAAUUCCCCACUCUGCAGUGAGUCCCCAUGUACUGUUUGAUGCCGAAAAAUGUAAAAAAAAAAAAAACCUUGUAACUGUGUAUAUGUCUUAUCUUAUAUUAUUUGUUUUAUACAACCUCUCAUUAAAUGUGUAUAGAGACAUUUGGAAGGAAGUAGCACAGAUAAUUGGUGCCUGUGGUGAGUGUAUGUAGCUAGUACAGUUUGCUUGCUUUGCUAAUCUGCCAGUGACUCUAGUGCAAAGCCUAACAUGUAACAUAUAAUCCGACAACCAAUUUUCACACUGAUUAUUUGUUAUUUAAUAUGUGUUUAACUAGUUAGAUUUAGAAGCUGAAUAUGGCCAGUACCAUUUCUCUUCAGAACUCUGAAGAGUGAAUGUAGGUUUAGCCAUUUUUCCUAAAUGGCUCCCAGAACAAUUAAUUAAACAAAUUUCUUAUUUUUUAAAAAAAAUAAUUGUAUAUGUGAUUUGUUUGUCAAAUUGCAUGUUGUUUUUGGCAGCACAGAGAAUAAACUGUCACUGAUGGUUAAUUAUCAUCCAGGCCAGACUUUUAUCACACUUCAGCAUUAAUGUGAGAGUCAUAUGAUCCUGUUGGUUAAGGCCCUCCUCUGUAUUACAAGCACUCCCACACCAAAACGACUGCCUCUCGGGACGCCGUUUUAUAAAUCAACAAUCUGUGAUCUGUGUAGCUGUAGUUGCGGCAGCCAUUUUUUUCUGGAGGGGAAUAUUACACGUGCUAACAAAUCUUCACGAGGUUGAGAUCCAGGAGAGAGACUUGGGACUCUCUGGAGAGGAACCCCUCCCUCGAACCCCUCCUCCCUCAUAGGGGCCAUGGGUGAAGAGGAGCAGCCUAGUCCGGAAGCUGGGAGUCCAGAUGUGGAAAAGGAGCAUCUGCAGGUCCCGUUCCCGGUGUUGCACGGUGAGUGUGUGGAGUAUGUGGAAAAGACAGAGGAGGUUGUCAUCGCCUUGUCUAGCUACCGCCUUCACAUCAAGUUCAAAGACAACAUUGUAAACGUUCCUCUGCAGCUGAUAGAGUGUGUGGAGUGUCGAGAUUUGACUCAGCUUCACCUCACCUGUAAGGACUGCAAGAUUAUCAGGUGUGAGUUCAGCUCGUCAGAGCAGACUCAGGAUUGGCUGCGCCGGCUCACUGCAGCUCUGCGCCCUCCCACUCGCCUGGACGAGCUCUUCGCCUUCGCCUUCCACACCUGCAGUGCCAGCGUACCAGCUGAGCAAGACCUGCAUAAUGAGAUUUGCCACACUGGUACAGGAGAACACGUGAGGAACCGAUUUAAGUACGAAGUGUGCAGGAUGGGCUUCAGCACCCACAGUGCCUGGAGAAUCUCUGACAUUAACAACAAUUACAGACUCUGUGCCAGUUACCCCGAGAAGGUUCUGGUGCCGAGCUGGGUCACAGACACAGAGCUAGAGAACGUGGCGGCAUUCCGAUCCUGGAAGAGAAUUCCAGCUGUUGUUUACAGACAUGAGAGCACGGGCGCUGUGAUUGGUCGGUGUGGGCAGCCUGAGGUGAGCUGGUGGGGCUGGCGGAAUGCAGAUGAUGAGAACUUGGUGCAGUCCAUCGCUAAGGCCUGUGGCAUGGACCCUGCAGCUGUUAAACAUCAGAGCAACGGCUCCUGUGUCCACAGCAGCUCAGAUCCUGACAUAACUAAUGGCAAUGAGGAAGUGGAGCCAAAUAGCCCGCCUCCUCAAAAGCUACUGAUACUGGAUGCCAGAUCAUACGCUGCCGCUGUGGCCAAUCGGGCCAAAGGAGGUGGCUGUGAAUGCCCAGAGUACUAUCCAAACUGUGAGGUGAUGUUCAUGGGCAUGGCCAACAUCCACUCCAUCAGGAGGAGCUUCCAGUGCCUACGGGCUCUCUGUGCACAAGUGCCCGACCCUGCCAAUUGGCUGUCUGCUUUAGAAGGCACUAAAUGGCUGCAGCAUCUGUCUCUGCUGCUGAAGGCGUCUCUGUUAGUAGUGAAUGCUGUGGAUCGAGACAGCAGGCCCGUCCUGGUGCACUGUUCUGAUGGCUGGGACCGCACUCCGCAGAUAGUGGCUCUGUCCAAACUGCUGCUUGACCCCUACUACAGAACCAUAGAGGGUUUCCAGGUUUUGGUGGAAACUGAGUGGCUGGAUUUCGGUCAUAAGUUUGCAGACCGCUGUGGACAUGGGGAAAACGCUGAGGACGUGAACGAGCGCUGUCCUGUCUUCCUGCAGUGGCUGGACUGCGUGCACCAGCUGCAGAGACAGUUUCCCUGCUCUUUUCAGUUCAACGAGGCCUUUCUGGUGAAGCUGGUGCAGCACACCUACUCGUGUCUGUUCGGGACAUUCCUGUGCAACAGCGGGAAAGAGCGAGAGGAGCGAGGCGUACUAGAGAACACCUGCUCUGUCUGGUCUCUGCUUCAGCCAGCUAACAGAGCCUUCCACAACAUCCUAUACUCGCCACACUCCGAGACGGUGCUUCACCCGGUGUGCCACGUGAGGAACUUAAUGCUGUGGAGUGCAGUCUACCUGCCUAACUCUGCCCCCUCCUUGCUUUGUGAGGAGUCAUGUGCUUCUUAUUCCACUGCUUCAGCCUCACCCGAGGACACACCUCCUGGCAGACUGCCAAAGACACGUUCCUAUGACCACCUGCUGACGGCUUGUGAGGGAACAAAUCUAUUGGCUUCGAACCGUCGCUGCAGUGAUCCCAACCUCAACGAGACGUGGCAGGAGCACCUUCGAUCAGAGGCGCGAACAGCAGAAACACAACCUGAGGAGAACCUUGAGCAAGCAGCCUGUUGUAAUACACAUCAUCCUGAAAUGACUGGAUUGGACGAGAGGCUUCCAAAUGAGGGAUUACUCAACAGGGUGGAGCAUGCGGACUCUAAAAUAGAAAAUGGGAUUAUUUUAGCAAACCAGGGUGGGGAUUCCUCCCCAGUUGUUAGCACACCCUCUCUAGCUGAGCUGUCCAACGAUGUGCCUGAACAGAAUGGUGAGGAUUCAGUGUUUGAUGAAAUGAUAAAACAUUCCGCUGGGGAAUCCGUCACCUCAGUCGGCUCUACGUCACCUCAUCCUGGACAUGUCACUAACGGGCAGGAAAGUUUAUCUGCUAAAGAGCCUCUUUGUUUAGCUAAUAACCUGAAAUCUCACCCUGCUUCUCCACAAGAAGACUGUACAGAACCAUUAAACACACCCAGCCCACUCCAUUCACCUUCACAGCCUCUGUCUCCGAAGCCGAAUAUCAACAGCUCUGUGUGUAACAGUGAAGAUCAUCGCAUUAACGGCUCCGUUUCACAAAAAUCCCUGAGCCGCCAGACAUCCACAGCAAGUGCCGGGUCUCUACAGCUGGGCUGUCCUGGGCGAGUGCCGGCUCAGGGUGCUCACCUGGGCGAGGACGGGCUCAGCAUGCACAGGGAUGCUGUACAGGUGCGGCUCAGGCAGAUGGAGGCGGGCCAUCAGCUGCAGGUGGAGACUCUGAAAAGGCAGGUGCAGGCGCUGUGGAACAAGCUGCACGUCAGUGGAGAGCUGACUCCUGUGCCAGACGGGGAGAAUAACGUGGAGGCUGUGCAUCUCUCUCGUUGCGGCACCGAGCUCUUCUCCGAGAGCAGCUGGGAAAACGAGGAGCAGCAUGACAAACAGGUCCCUCGGUGGUAUCCCGAUCACCUUCCAACACACUGCUACAGAUGUGAGAGCAAGUUCUGGCUAGCUGCUAGAAAACAGCAGUGCAGUGCCAGAGAACCUGUUGAGGAAGCCUGGAAUUGCGGGAAUGUGUUCUGCGCCAGUUGCUGUGACCACAAGGCUACGAGUCAGCAGUUGUAUGAACCUAACCGUGUGUGCCAGGCCUGUUACGGGCACCUCCGCCCAUCGGCUGUGCCCCCUGUGCUGCCUCCUGCUGACCUGGAGCUGGAGAAGCCCAUUACAGCCAGUUCCAACUAAACAGAACACCCUUUACAUGCUGAUCACCGACUCUGUUGUCCUGUAGGAAUCUUAACCAAAUCAGCUUCAUGUGAGAAGAUUAGAUUAGUAUAACUUCCAACACCGAGCAGAACGGAGGUUUAAAUCCUAAAACUAAGGCAUCAAAUAAUUAACAUAAUUUAUUAUUAAUGUUAGAAGUGGUCGUCUCUCGCCAUGUGGAUUCUAGAUUAAUGUUAAUCUGCUCAAACACAGGCCUUUAUAUAUGCAGUGCUACAUCAUAUAAAGCCAUGUGGAACUCUAGAGAACGACUAUCUGUGCUCAUGUGAAUAGCAAAUGUGUGUAUAUAAUGCCUUGUACAGUCAAAGAAGAGCACGGUGUAUAUGCUGAAAUUAAAAUCUUUCAAUCUGAGUAAUGAAGCACUUUUGAAGCAUUUCUGGACUUUUUUGCUGGACUGUUGGAUAAACUGAGUACACAGCAAGCCUAAGAGACAAACAGAUCACACUUCUGGCUCGCUGAUUAAUGUGUCAAACAUUGUCACGUUUAUUCGCUGCCGAUAGAAAACAAGAUGUGUGUGUGUGUGUACUGGUAAAAAGCUAUAACUUCCUCCUCUCUCUUUCUUCCUGUACUGCUGCUGCUUUUGGAGUCACUGAAGCUCUGAAACAUAUAAGUGAAUAAAAUAAAAGCACAAAACACUG